GCGUCCUUCCGCGCUGUGUUUGUGUGUAAACACGCGCUAGACACACGUCUUUGACCGUUUUAAGCGUCGUUCUAAGGAACGCCGCGUUUUUUAGACGUCGUGUCAGGUAAAAAAUAUAUUAACGUAAACUUUUAAAACGCGUCUCGAGACUGCGUUCUCCUAUUUGUGUUGCCCUACGUCUUCGGUCUGACCACAGAGAGGAACAGAGCGCAAUAUAAUAAUAAGGAUAUUAUUGUUUAGACACCGUAUUUCGUACUGUGCGUCACUUUUUAAUUUAAAAUGUGGAUGACUGGCAUGUAGUUAUUUUAAAUGCGAUGAGCUCUUCUGUGAGGACCAGCAGACUGAUGCGCGCGCAUUAUUAAUAAAAGGGUUUCAUACGUGCACGAACUGGACGCUUCGUUUGUGUAGACAGGUGUUUCGUUGUGUUUCGGCCACCUGCUCCGGUACCGUGAUGCUGGGGCAGUCUCCGCACCUGAUCGGCGGCAUCCUCUGGAUUCAAAACCCAAUGCGAGCUGUCCACUGCAGUCUGACCCAGAAUGGCAUUGAGCAUCAGGUGUGUGCAGAGGAUAUGACUUCACACCUAGAGGAAGCGUCUGUUGAUCAUGGACUGGAUGAUGACAGUCCAGGGUUCCGGGACCAGAGUCCGGGUUUCCAUCAACGAUCUCCUCCUCAGCGCUCUGUCUCAGAAUCUGAGCUCUCUAGGCCGGGAACUGUGAAGCUGUCCAAACCGGUGGCUCUGUGGACCCAGCAGGAUGUUUGUAAAUGGCUAAAGAAACACUGUCCCAAUCAACACCAAGUCUACAGUGAAUCCUUCAAGCAGCACGACAUCACAGGUCGAGCUCUGAUGAGGCUCACAGACAGGAAGUUGGAGCGGAUGGGCAUCAUGCAGGAGAGUCAGAGACAGUAUAUACUUCAGCAGGUGCUCCAGCUGCGCGUCAGAGAAGAAGUUCGCACCCUGCAGCUGCUCACGCAAGCCUCUCUGGAGAGUUCACCAUAACCUGAGUAGUCCUGGAAACCCUCCAUUCCCCUGUUCACCUCCUCCGAUGUCCACAGCACACUCCAGACUCUUCACCUCUGCAGUCUUCCUUCAAGUCACUUCUCUCAAAACUCCAUAACCAUUUGUCACAGGUCCAACCCAUCGCUGAACAAAAACAAUCCUAGAAUGGAUCCAACUUUUCUUCAAUGCUUUUUUCAGCCUAUCAAAUUGACCCUUCAAGCAUUACAUGGACUACUGAUGUUCUUGAUUUGACAAAUUGAAAGUCUUGCUGCAGAAUUAUAUUUGUAUGGACGUAAUCUCCUGAAGUGUAGCACUUUAAACUUUCUUCUCUAUCUAUCUAUCUAUCUAUCUAUCUAUCUAUCUAUCUAUCUAUCUAUCUAUCUAUCUAUCUAUCUAUCUAUCUAUCUAUCUAUCUA